GGGGAAAUGUGAUGUGAACGUGCGGCAUCAGUUAGUGCUCGGUGCUGAGGGAUGGCACAAAUAUCAGCUGACCUCGUGUUUGCCUGACAGGUCUCAUAUUUGGACUAAUAUGAUCCAUGUUUUGUUUUUUUUUUAUUUAAACGCAACAUUCCCCAGUCUGCUUUAACAAACAGCUCUAAUGCCCUUUCAUUGUUCUCUGUUGUAAAGCAGACAUCUGGUUUGCAUUAAAAGCCCCUCCAAAGAUCUGCAGGAAUUGUGUCAUUUCCUCCCUUCAGGCCAGUUGUAGAGCUGCCUGGUAACUGAACAGAGGACCUGAACCAGCCCAUCACCAAAACAUGUCCCCGUGCAGUGUCACUGCUCAGACAGAGCUGUGCUCCCCCCCCCCAGCAAAAUGAGGAAUAGUUCAUUAUUGUAGAGUUUAGCUCAGUAAUACUGUAUUUGCUGGAAAGAUGUGGCUCUCUGUUGUUCCUCUCCACCCACCUACUGUACAGAUGCUUAUGCAAUCCUGUUCCACCAAAAUUUCUCUCACAUUUGGCUUCUACAGACAAAUUGGGUUUUUGGGUGUAAGGUUAUGUUUUUAUAGUUUUUAUAGUUGCUUCAUCCCAUUUUAAAGCUCGACUGUGUCACUUUUAAAAGAGGAAAUAACACAAUCUUCCUGUCACAAACGAAAAGUUGAUUUCAAAAGCAAAUACACUCAGGAGUUUUGCUGCUACAACCUUACUUGUUCUGGUAUGACCCAUCACCUCUGGUGGCUAAUGUGCAACAGUAGUUGAUUAAUCAAUUAGUUAAUCGACAGGUAAAUCAAUUGGCAGCUAUUUUGAUAGUCGUUUAAUUGUUUUUUUCAAGCAAAAAUGCCAACAUUUGUGACAGGUUCACAAAUGUGAAAUUUUGCUGGGGUUUUUUUGGUCUUACAUUAUAGUAAAUUGUAUAUCUAUGGGUUGUGGACUGUUGGUCGAACAAAACAAGACAUUUGAAGAGUCACCUUGGAGUCUGGGAAACUGGGAUGGACAUUAUUCACUGUUUUCUGAUGUUUUAUAGACCAACCGAUUAAUCAGUUAAUUGAGAGACUAAUAAGUAGAUUAGGGUUUGGGUUUUUUUUGCUAAUGUGCAUUAAUAUCCUUUUUCAUACAGCUGCAUAUUUGUCCUCUGACUCAGAUGGCGCCAAAAUAAUGUACUGAUACAGUUCUUUGAUACUUUAAAAUUAUUUUUGACUUACUGGCUCAAAUUGUGAUAAUACAAUUUUUAAAUUUAAAAAAUUUGGUUCACUCAGAAAAAUGUGUUCAUUGUUUUAAAGCUGUUUCUUUUGUAUUGACUGUGUAUGGGAGUUUUGGGCCAGUGGGUGCAAUGCAAUAUAAUUCAACAGCAUCACAAACUACAGCCUCCAAAAUAAACAUAAAGUUGAGUCACAUCUCUGGACAUAAUAACCGUGAUGAAAUGAAUGGGUGUCAGAGUUACACAGUUAUACACAGUUAUACUUUUGUAAUCAAUCAAUUUAUCUGAGGCAUGCCAAAAUGUAGCGUGACAGUAACACAAGUGUCAGCAAACUGGUGCAGUAACGUUAGUUACACAGGAAUAUGUAUCUAAAGAGUGCUAACGUUAGCUAACGUUAGCCACCGGAAGCUUUUGGUCAUACCAAACCAAGUAAGGCUGUAGCAGAGUGUAUUAGCUGAGCAAUAUUGCAUUUUAUGGCUUAUAAAUUAAACUUUUUAAUUUGUAACAGGAAGAUUGUGUCAUUUAUUCCUUCAGAAGUUAUUAUGGCAGGGCUGUUGUCUUAUACUGCAUUCGUUUUAGCUAGGUCUACCUAAAAUAGAUACAUGUCCCAUUGAAACUCUUAAAAGAUAAAGCACACACACUGCAGUUUAAUUGCAAAAUAUAUACAAGACGACAAAUUAUGAGUGUGUAAUGAUUAUCUAUCCAUUCAACAGUGCUUUUACCUUUGGCACUGCCUGAAAUACAAACAUAUUUUAACCUCCCUAAAUGAUUAUCCAAAGUGACCUUGUAUUGCAGUUGCCAGCAUGUACUGUCCAGAUGCUAUGUCAGCACUGCAGUUGUUGACAGAGGUUUAGAGGGCUGCCUUGAUACUCUGCCAUCUGACAUGGCUGUCCAAUUAGAAAAGUGCAUCCCACAUAUUUAAAGUCUGUCAUAGCAUGUGGUUGCAGAUUUUCAUGUCGUAAUUGUGAUGAUAGUGUUUUAAUCAUAAUUAAGUCCACAGACAUGACUGGAUGUAGUCCUCUAAUGGGGUUGCUUUUUCAUCAGAUCGGAAAACUGGGACAUGGUGGGGAGUGUAGCGGUGUUGGGGGCUAAAUACAGAGAGGAAUUCAAGCUCAUUAUUGACCGAAUCGCUGUGGUGAAGUCAGAGAAUGGAGAGAAGUAUCUUGUCCUAAAGAAGAAAUACAGGCAAAUGCUGUAUGAGCGAGACGCCAAACAUCAUGAUGGGGACGGACAGAGCCAUUUGAACCCGGCUAGACCUCUGGCUACUGUACAGUGGGACGUGACAGACACCUCGACUUCUUCUCCUCACCAGAAGGAACAACAGGAUGAGCCGAUGGCAUGCGGAGAGCCCAACAGUGCUGCAGAGGACCAGCAGACAGGAACAGCCUUCAUGCAGCACACUCUACUUCCACCUCCUGUCAUCCAAAUCCAGGAACCCUCGGCACAAAGCAACAGGGAUGAUGAGCUGGACAAAGAUUCGGGGUCAAAGUCCGAGUCAGAGCAAGACGAGGAGUGUACGGGCAGUAUGGGCUCCACUGCUGUCGCUCUGGAUCCUAUAGAGAAGGAGUGGAUCUACUCCGCUGCCGGUGCUCGACUCCCUGACCUCUCUCAGCUGCUCAGACAGGACCCCUCGCUGGCAAACAAGAAGGACUUCACCUCAGUGAUUACAGCUCUGCACUGGGCUGCAAAACAUGGCAGCGGGGACAUGGCCACUCUGGUGGCUAAUGCUGGUGCUGAUGUCAACACCAAAUCACAUGGGGGAUAUACACCUUUACACAUUGCAGCGUUACAUGGUCAUCAGCAUAUUCUAGACCUGCUCAUUGGGACAUAUGGGGCUAAAGAAAACUUAAGGGACUACAGCGGCCAUCUUGCCUGCCAUUAUCUGAACAUCAAAGAACCAGAGGGUCCAGAGGAAGACUGCGAGCUGCAGUUUCAAGUCACUCAGGCCAGGGAGCGGAACAGGAACAGGAAGUUGGUAUCAUUGUUUCAUUCCAAGAAGAAGUGGGGCUCAGCAGAGGAGCUGGCUCCGAUAGAGGAGGAGAGGACGGCAUCACAUCAGCUCGCCCUUCCUGCAUUCAGACCCAGAAAAUUCUCCCGCUGAGACCGGAGACGAUUUCUGACUCUGCAAGCUCUCCUACACUCACACAUCCAAUUAAUCCUUACA